AUGAAACGACAACUAGAUGCGUUCUCAAGCCCAGCACAGUCCCCUCCUAAAAAGGACCUAUGUCUUUUAGUCUUGGAUGGGGGCGGGGUCCGCGGCCUGUCGAUGCUUCUCAUCAUCAAACGUCUGAUGGAAGGUAUUAACCCACUGAGCCCUCCAAAACCAUGCGACUACUUCGACAUGAUUGGUGGCACCUCAACUGGCGGACUAAUUGCCCUGAUGCUUGGCCGAAUGAAACUUGGUAUUGAUGCGUGCAUCGAGGCGUACUCAAAUCUGUCGCCUAGAAUAUUUAGUCAAGUUCGGCACCGGAUUAAGCUGUCAACAGGAAAGACACAAGGUAGGUUUGACCAUGUAGCGAUGGAACAGGGAAUCAAGGAUGUUCUUAUGCAGUAUGGAAUGGACCCAGAGACUUUAUUCAAAUCCUCGAUCAUGGAGGAUUGCAAAACUUUUGUAUGUGUGACAAGUCAAGCCACAGGUCAAACUGUUGUUUUAUCGAAUUACUACAAUGAGCGACGAGGAACGGACUUGUUGAACACGGCCAAGAUUUGGGAGGCCGCGCGAGCCACGUCCGCUGCAACAACAUUUUUCGAACCGAUCACUAUCAGUGAUGAGACGUUUGUUGAUGGAGCCACCGGGGCAAACAAUCCUAUCAAUCAGAUUUGGUCAGAAGCCGCCGAUCUCUGGGGUCUAAAUGCCGCGCAGUUGGAAGAGAACGUCAAAUGUUUGGUUUCUAUUGGUACCGGUAUUCCAUCUCUCAGCGCCUUCGGACUCGGAUUACGCGAGCUUGCCAAAGCAUUGAAGGCCAUUGCCACAGAGACAGAGGCAACGGCAGAUAUGUUUCGUAGGCAGCACACUGGGCUUUUCCAGUCGGGAAAGGCCUUUCGCUUCAACGUCGUCCGUGGUCUCGAGGGUAUUGGACUUGAUGAAACGCUCAAACUGGGAGUUAUCACGGCGGCAACAAGAAACUAUGUGCAGAAAGAGGAGAUUCGUGUGGAGAUCAAGAAGUGCGUGGCGAAUUUGCUGGAGCGGGAAUGGUUGGAACGAAUGGAGAAGUUCAUCAUUGGCACCAUAGAAGUCCAAGUGUCGGAUUUGAACGAUGAUGACUCGCUCGAAUCCGCAGAUCAACUUCAAUGGCUGAUGCACACAAUGCCCUACGAUACAUGGCACCAACGUGGUUUUGGUAUUAUUUGGUACCAAUUGAACGCACGACAAGUCCAACCAGACCGCAGAUACGCCGGAGCAUCCGUGGCCCACUGCCUAGCAGAUAGAUAUAAAUGUUCAGCAGGUCUGAAGUUUGGCGCUGGUGACAACCUUGCUAGAGCGCUUUAUUUCCAGUGUGACCAAACUGAGCAGCCGGGUAUACAAGCCAAUGAUGAAACUGGUUCUGGGCAACAGGAUAUUCUGUGGUCUUUAAUAUGCCAGCUGCUCAUGAUUGAUUGCAAAGACACUGCGGCGCUGAAGAAUCGACUUGCUCAACUUGAAGCGAAGCACAAAUCGUUUCUUUGGGAGAAAUUGGACGGCUACGAGACGCAGAGUAUUGCUCAGUGGUCCCUUUUUGAGGAGCUGCUUCUUUUAUUAAAUGCGCCUGAUGUUAUUGCUCUUGACAAUGUGCAUAAUAUUCACUCAUCUGCGCGGAACGAAUUUCUGAAAGCUCUGGCGACGUUGGCAGAACGCCUGCUUGCUACACGAGGUCUAAAGCUUCGCGUGAUGAUCUCAGGAGAUCCAUCUCAGAUAGAACUAGAUAUGGAGGGCGAAAUUCUGACUGUGAAUGAUAGGACAGAGAGAGAGGAAUGCCUGCGCUCCCUGUAUUUCCCGGAGUGGAAUGUCCGCCGUGACCAGGUUGCCGAUGCUGACGCGGGCACGAACGCUUGGAUAUGGACUCACGAACAGUAUUUAAAGUGGGAACAGGCCACCUCAGGACUGUUAUGGGUUGAAGGAAAACCGGGAAGCGGCAAAUCUGUGUUGGCCAAAACCUUACAAAAGCAACUGAAAGGUGCGUCUAUGGCGGAAGGGACUGGAUCGCCAUCGAAUGGUUCUUUCGGGCACCAGACCGUCAUCAGAUCCAAGUUCCCUGAGAUUCCGAUGGUGACUGACUGGUUUUUCAACUCGCGAGGUGGAGAAAUCGGCAUAGCCUACUCUUCGUUUCUUCAAUCCAUCGUAUAUCAACUCCUGCAGCAAAAUGAGGCGGCUUUUGAUGUCAUCACUCCAUUCUACCGCAAUCAGACAAUAUCUAGACAGCAAACGUGGGAUGCAGAAAGAAUACAGUCUGUUCUUGGAGCAAUCAGUGCAACCGGUCUAUCCAUAAUCUGCAUUAUCGACGCAAUUGACGAGGCUGCUGGUGUUAUUGAUACCUCCAAGGCCCACCACACAUAUAGGGCCAGAAGUCUCCUAUCCCUUCUAGGAAAUCUGCUGUCAAAAAUCGGAGAUACUAAGCUGAAGUUGAUAGUACUCAGUCGCCCCGAUCCUGCAAUUGAAAUGGAUUUCAGUGGCAUCCGUAGGCGUUGCUCUAACGCCUACAAAGUUGUUCUGGAACACGAAAACCAGCUUGAUGUGCAACUCGUCGUCGAAAAAGGACUUCGUUUACUGCAGGAGACAAUACAUGCUUAUGACUCUGAUGAUGAGCUACAAGACGGUCGAAAAGAGUCUCGUAGCAGCCUGACGGCUAAGCGGGAAGAGAACGCAUUCCAAAAUAUUCGAAUUUAUCUCACAGAAAAUGCAAAGGGAGUGAUCCUUUGGGCAACAUUGAUUCUUGGGGAGCUACACGACCAAGCAGCGGGUGGAAUGCUGAAAUUCGCUACGCUGGAGGUCACAAUGAAAAGACUCCCACUUCGGCUCGACAAGUUCUAUGAGUACAUUGUUCGAGAACUGGAAGAGCGGCUUAGCGAUGAAGAAAUAAAGAUAGUCCGCUUGGCCAUGAUCUUGAUUUCGGGAUCCGCCGCCCUUGAUAGGCCAAUGAAUCUUCAAGAGAUGUGGGAAGCAUUGGCUGUUCCAGCAGAUGUUGAACCCGCUCUUUCUUCUAAGGUGGACCCAAUAAUCGAGAAUAGCAUCCACAUUAUUUCCUGGAAGGAGUUCUGGCGUCAACUCCGACGGAAAUGUGGGCCACUGAUAGAGCUAGUCCGUGGGGAAGAACUUGAACCAGGACAAAGGCUGGACGCUCAAAUCAGCCCCACGCUUGUUGUUCAAUUUAUGCACCGCACUGUGAAGGACUUUCUAAACCACCCAGACCGAGUUGGACCUCUCCACUUCUCCGAAAAAUCUGCCGUUGAUGAAGUAAAAAGUAUUUGUGCAAGAUACCUUGAAAUUGCCUUCCCCCAAAGCGAAACUGCAUAUGGCCCUCCCAUCCCAGCCCGCGAUGGAAGCUCUUGGAAGAGAAAUAUACAGAAAUAUGUUGAUUACCUAGAUUCUAGGAGUCUACUUCAAUUUGUGCUGAACACCAUGGCCCCCAACGGGGCAAAAUGCCAACCCAAUCUUGGGGUGUAUGCUUCGAUUGACAAGAUGAUCCAUCUACCCUGGCCAAAGAGCCAAUGGAGAUAUAUAGAGGAUUCAGAUGUAACCAGGCUCAUUGGCAGACGGUAUCUCUUUUACCCAAAAUUACUGUCACACACCAAGUACGACCGUGCGGAGAUUAUCAAAGCAGCAGUAUUGGGGCAAGCCUUCCGUUAUGCUUGCACCAGUGGAAGAAUGAUAGCCGUCAGGAACAUGCUAGAACUGGGCCGGAACUAUCAUCCGACUUUCAGCGAACUAGAGGAAUAUGUUAUAGGAAAUGGUGUUCUUCUAGCAUGCAUCGAGAAGGGUCUACUUGAUGAGGUCAAAUUCUUGACCAAGAAUCACAGACACCAGUCAAGAUACAUUCAUGGGACAUCAAACAUGCCUGGUUGGCCGACUAACCCUCAUACGCGUGAGAACAAACUGGAUGAAUUUAUCCAGCUGGCGGUGAGGUCGGGCCAAGAAGAGAUCGUUGAAUUUCUGUUCCUUCACACGGACCAGUACUAUACCAGAAAGAAAGCAGUUGCCGACUUCGCGGUUACGAGAGAACGCAUCGCGUCACAUAGGCACACUGAUCUAGAGUCCGAUGAUGAUAUUGACGAACUAGAUUCAGCAGUCCUCCAGUCCCAUUUUUUCAAUUUUGAUAUGAAACUUCACGUUAAAGACGAGUCGGAUGUUGAAGAGAAUAAUGGACCCAUCCACAAGCAGCUUCGACCAAGCAAGAUUGAUGUGAGCCUCCUGCAGCGAGGAGUAAAGAUAUCACCGCAAAAUGAGAAUAACUCUGGCUAUUACUCAGUUCGUGCCAAGCCUCCUGGAUUGGGGUACUCAGCGAGGACAGGAUACAUCGAAGUUAUGUCUGACAGGAUUACAUCAAAGAGGGAGGCCAAAAUAAACAAAAUACAGUACUUGCGAUUGAAGGAGUCAUGUCUCAAAAUGGCUAGGGAGAAUAGGAUGGCUCGAGCUGAUGAUGCGACGGAUGAGUCGUGUCUUCAAGAUGUCCAGAUAGCAGUGUCGAUGGUAAUACCGUGGAUGCCAACUGAGGAUGGCCAAGGAUAUGGCGAAGGGCAAAUCCAGCAGAAUGCCUUGAAUCCAUUUUUGCAGCUGUAUGCGAUGACAGAUCUUCCGCGCCUGUCAAGCGAAUAUUCCGUAUCGACUCGCUCGCCAUCGCCAGAUGAAUUGUGGCAACCAAGGCAGCCCGCUCAACAAUCAUCUUCCCUGCCAAACUUAAUAGACCAGGACAAAAAUGUUCAGUCCAGUCCGGGACAGCCUGCUCAACGAUCAUCUUCCCUGUCAGGCUUAAUUGAUCAGGACAAAAAGGUUCAGUCCAGUGUGCUCGCCAAAAUGUUGCUUAGUGUUAUGACAGGCGGAGGUGUCAGGCCACGUAAAGUAGGUAUGUGGAAGUGA